AUGGGCCCUAUCCUCUGCUGCUUUCCUCCUUCUCUGCCCGCGCAGACAGUGGCCUUCUCCACGCAGCGCAAAGAGUCCGCGCUGCGCUCCAAGCGGCUGAAGCGGGAUGCCUCUCUGGGCAGCCUGGGCGGGAUCAGCCGCGAGGCGGUCAGCGAGGGCGGCGCCGAGGCAGCCAGCACACCCAUCCCACCUGAAGACAUUGCGGCAGAGGUGCAGGCGGCGGUGGAUGCGGUGAAGGGCGCCAAGCCAGUGGGCUCAGACCUGUGCCUCGACGCCGUGCGGCGCUUGCGCCAACUACUUUCCAAUUAUGACGAGCCGCCAUUCAAGGAGGCAGUGCAAGCCGGCGCCGUGCCUGUGCUGGUGGCGGCGCUGCAGCCGCCCCGCAUGGACUCCACAGCCAUGGAGACCAUCUUUGAGGCCGCCUGGGCCAUCACAAACCUGGCCGUGGGCGAGUUUGAGACGGUGAAGGCGGUGCUGGCAGCAGCCCCCAUCCUCAUCGCCUACCUCGGAGGCGGCAGCGGCCUGCCAGUGGCGGAGCAGUGCGCCUGGGCGCUAGGCAACAUUGCGGCCGAGGACUUUGAGUUCCGCCAGACCCUGAUCGCCAACGGCGUGGUGCGGCCGCUGGCGCAGCUGCUGGUGGGCGCACGCAGGGCUUUGGACUCGGGGACAGCCGACAAUGACGACCCUGCGCUCGCGGCUGGCACCACCGCCGCCUGGGCGCUGAGCAAUGUGCUGAAGGGCGCGGGGCGGGAGGUGGGGGAGGUGGUGGGCGUGGAGGGCGCGGCCGAGGCGAUUGUGCGGCUGGUGGCGGCGGCGCCAGACCACCUGGCGACCGAGGCGGCCUGGGCCCACCUGAACCGCAUGGUGUCCCUGGGGGUGGUGCCCCCCAUGCUGGCACGCAUGACCAGCGCCGUGGACCAGAUGCUUCAGGACGAGCAGGUCGGACGCGCGCUGCUCAUCCCGCUGAUGCGCUCGCUGGGCAAUAUCGCGGCGGGCGGCGGCGCGGCGGCCAUGGAGCAGCUGCUCAGCCCCGACGCCUCCCCCGCUCUGCAGGCGUUGGUGACGUGUGCUGGGAGCCACCACCACGGGCUGCAGAAGGAGGCGUGCUGGGUGUUGAGCAACAUCGCCGGCAUGCCGGGGCGUGGCGGCAUCGAGGCGCUGAAGGCCGCGGGGGCUGUGCCGGCCCUGAUGUGCCUGCUCAAGGAUGCUCCCUUCCACGUCCGCAAGGAGGCCGCAUUUGCCCUGGCCAACAUCUGCGCCGACGGCGGCGGCGGCACAGGCAACCCCGAGACCCUGAACUGGCUGUUUGCUGCCGACCGCGAGGCCAUGCGCGCCAUGCUGUCCCUCAUGCGCUCAGCUGACAUGGAUGCGGCGCGGCUGGGCCUGCAGGCAAGGCGCUGCUUGCCAUUCACUGAGAUGGUGCUAAGGCUGCUGGACAACGGGGAGCAGGCGGUGGAGGAGGCGGACGGCAUUGAUGCCAUGGAGGCGGUGCAGUUUGGCGCCGUGCCGCCCGAGCUGCAACGCAUGGCGGCAGCCCUGGUCGACAAAAUGGCCUGCGCCAGCGUGCUGGCGGCGCCUGCACAGGCCGCUCGGGUAGCUAUAUCUAGCUCCAGGGGCGCGUCUGCAUCCUGCAGGGCAGCCCCCCUUUGCCGCCGCGCUCCAGCCGCCCAGCGGCGGGCGGCUCGCCUGGCGGUGGUUGCACAGGGUGCCAAUCCCGCCCCCUGGAAGGCCAAUGCCCCUGCUGCGGAAGGCCAGGAGCUCAGCCUGGAGCUGCCCACCGAGGACGUGCAGAAGUCGAUAGAGCUGGUGGCUCUGCCCCGGGGCCGGGGCAAGGUGAUCGUUGUAGGGCUGGUGGAGCCAGACAGCGCCGCCGCAGCGGCGGGGGUGGCGGCGGGCCAGCAGCUGCUGGCUAUCUCAGACCCCAUCCGCGCGGGGGACAUGUGGGAGCUGGACGGCAAGUCGGCGCUCAAGUAUGUGCAGCAGGCCAUCCGGGGCCGCGGCCUGGAGAGCACCACGGUGCGGGUCACCACCCAGCCAGCCCCAGAGUAUGAGCGGCUGAUUGCCGACAUGGAGCAGGGGGAAGGUGCUGCGGCGGACGCCGACCCCGAUGGCGCGGCGUUCCGGCUGGAGCGGCAGUACCAGCUGCAGCGGCUGCAGGAGGCGGCUGCCAUGCAGGAGCGCGCGCGCCAGGAGGCGCGCCUGGCCAAGCGGCAGGAGGCCAUCCAGGCUGGGCGUGCCAAGCUGGCGCAGGAUUAUGACAGCCCGCCUGCCAUGGGCGGGGCUGGCCUGGGGCUCGCCAUGCUGCUGCCGCUCACCAUCCUGGGGGCUGCCCUGGGCAGCGGCUACAUCAAGUGA